AUCGAUUUUCAGCAGCAGGAAAAGCAGCAGAGAAAUUGUGUGGGCAGCAGCCAGUCAUCCAGUCAGUUAAGCAGUUAGGCAGUCAGCCAGGUUGAAACAGUUGAAUUAUGAAAACGUAUACAAAACUGGGCCGUUUUCGCCGCAGCAGUCAAUUCGCCGCCUGAGAGCGAAAGAAAAAUUGAAAAUUGUGUGUCCUUUGGUGUCGACGUGUCGAGGCAAAAAGGUAGAACAGUUGGUGCGUUGCAUUUGCUGAAUAAUUAAGCCACUGCAGCCGGAGUCAGCUCAAACCUGGCCAGCCGAGUGGGUCGCGGGCGUGUGAAUAGUUGAUUGGGUAACCGUAAACAAGUCGACGAAUCAAUCGACGCGGAACCGCGGCGUAUGUCAGUCCAGUGCCAAGGCUGAGUCGAGUCCUUUUCCUUCUCCCUUCAGCGAAAGGAGCUGCCAUUAUCGAUUUGUGUGUAUGUGCGAGCAACAACACGGCGUACCUCUCUCUCACCCACACAUCGAAAACAGCAGGAUAUUUUUGUGGCAACCGGAUCUGCAGCAGCAGCAGCACCAUAAUCAGCAUCUGAAAUAGCAGCAACUGCAAUAUUUGCAGCAGAGACUACAGCAACCGCAAAAACCUCAAGACAGACUCCGCUCUAAACAGACAAAAUGGCGAGUGGCGGAGACCCCAAGUGGCAGAAGGAUGCCGCCGACCAGAACUUUGACUACAUGUUCAAGCUGCUCAUUAUUGGCAACUCCAGCGUGGGCAAGACCAGCUUCCUCUUCCGCUACGCCGACGAUAGCUUCACAUCCGCCUUCGUCUCCACGGUGGGCAUCGACUUUAAGGUGAAGACCGUGUUUCGGCACGACAAGCGCGUGAAACUGCAGAUCUGGGACACUGCUGGACAGGAGCGGUACCGCACCAUCACCACAGCGUACUACCGUGGAGCGAUGGGUUUCAUCCUGAUGUACGACGUCACUAACGAGGACAGUUUUAACUCGGUUCAGGAUUGGGUGACACAGAUCAAAACGUAUUCCUGGGACAAUGCCCAGGUGAUCCUGGUGGGCAACAAGUGCGACAUGGAGGACCAGCGGGUGAUCAGCUUCGAACGUGGUCGCCAGUUGGCCGAUCAAUUGGGUGUUGAGUUCUUCGAGACGUCUGCCAAGGAGAACGUCAACGUCAAGGCUGUUUUCGAGCGCCUGGUGGACAUUAUCUGCGACAAGAUGUCCGAGAGCCUGGACGCGGAUCCGACGUUAGUGGGCGGUGGCCAGAAGGGCCAGAGGUUGACGGAUCAGCCGCAGGGCACGCCUAAUGCCAACUGCAACUGUUAGAGGUUCGAUGGACGGAUUGGAGGACGGGUGGAUCCUGCAGCACCGCAACAACCAUAUUCGUAACAACCAUAGACAACAGAAUUUGGAAACUAGCUAAUUAGUCAGCAAUGAACGGGGCUAAUCAAUGAAGCUAAUCAGUAAGCCGACGAUGACGGUUCGAAUGCCGAUGAAGAGAUAAUGAUAAUAUAGGCGCGCAUUCCCCUUUCUGUGGGGGCGUGGUCCUGUGUUUGUAUUGAUAUGUGUAUGUAUAUCCGUUGCGUAAGCUCGCUUCAGUGUAAAUGUCAAAUGUUAUUUAAUCCGAUAUUUGAAUUGUAUCUUGUAAUUUGUAAUUGGUAUUUUAUAACCUGUAAUUUAAUUGGCUGGCCGCAGCGAUGGAACAUUUGUUGAGUGUCUGUAUUAAGUUGAGUUUAUUGGAAUUGCGAGAUCGAGAUUCAGAAAAAGAGCAAAGAAUUUAUCUAAAGUCCGAUUUGACGGUAAUUCGGCACUAAUUAAGCAUGCACCCCGAGUGCUGAUUUAAGUCAUUUGAUUAGCGACCCCACCACAAGGGGGUCAGAAGGUCAGGAGGUCAGUCAGCACGAGUAUUUCAAACCGUUCUCCACUUCCACAUGUAUAUACGCUGGCUAAACUGUACAGUUUGAGAUGUUUGACGAAACGCACAAAGCUAGCGAAUCGGUGAAAUCGAAAAAAUAACUAACUACAUAUAUAGAACACCCCUCAGCCACACACAAACAUACCCAUGUAUGUAUAUGUAUGGAUACACACACACGCAAGAGCACUAUACACACACAGACACAUACCGGAAACGGAUGUAGUUAAAGCAAAAAUCCCCGGCUUGGAACAUUCUAGAGAACGCAAACAAAGCGACCGAGUGGUAAGCCGCUAUUAUUAAAUAUUAUGAUUAUUAUUAUUAUGUACGUAUGUAUUUGUGUAGUCAAAUGGAAAGUUUUAAUGUGUUGCAAAUGAUAAAUGAAAUAUAUACAUCAAAUAUACAUGUAUCGCAUAGAGUACCAGCCAGAUCCACAGCUACAUAUGUAGAGGUACUAGCAGUUUUUGUUGCCCGAAUUCCCUAACGAACACCUUCCGAGGGCCAGAGCGACAAUAACCCGCAGGAGAUCAGGAGCACAACUGCGAUCCCCUUCCCCUCGAGGUCAGGUCACCCAAGUUGAUUUUCCAGCACCCACCCCCAACCGCCCACUUUUUCUCUUCCCUACGAGACUGUUGCGAACGGAAUCCGGAUUGCGAGUUACUUGAACCCACCGAGCCAGCUGAGAGAUCGGUGCAUUUAAUUUGCCAGCCCAACAAUCCUAGUCCCGAAAUCCGAAUCCCAAACACCACUGUUUAUAUGCACACACCACCCACUUUUCUACCUGUAUUCUAUAUACCACAUGUAUACUGUACAAGGCUUUCCUUUGUUGCCGCUUUAAUGACACAACAAACCGCUGCCGAGACUAAAUUUGAACGAAGCUUGUAAGCGGGACAAGGACUUUGACUUGGGGGGAUAACACUGCUGAAUCUGAAUAUGUAACUGAAUAUAUAUAAAUAUAUAUAUAUUUGCCAAUGCUCGUUAAUGUUAAAUAUGUGUACAAGCAGAGUUUCACUUAAAUUACGAUUAAAUUAAAGGCAUAUCGCUGUAUUAUAAAUACCCAAAAAGAAGACAAAACGAAACGGAAAACCGAAUCCGCACCCACGAAAAUGCCAGGAAAAUCUACACAACAGCGCAACGAGUUGCUUAGUGCCCGAGAAGAGAAGAGGGGAAUGGAGCUGGAAGGGAAUAUAGGAUGGAAAAUGGAGAUGAUUCUCUACGAAAAUACCUUAAGCCAGUCUUGGUCCUUUUGGCAAUCGAACUGUUUUGUAAAUUAAUUAAUCAUACAACGUGCAUAACCACUCGUUCAAGAAUUUCUCCUUAUAUUCGUGUGUGGAUUUCGCUUUUAGUCAAGCCCCAACUAAAUAAUCCAACCAAUUUAAACUAAACCAAACUAAAUUGAUGAUAAAACUAAAUGUAGACCGGAGUAAAAUCAAAGCAAAUAAUACAAACGUACCCGAGAAACAAUUGUUGAUGAAUUUGUGCAUAGGCAUAACGCAAGCAUUUUUGCGCUACAUUGUUGUCAUUUGAACCAAUACUUAGCAUAUUGAUUAAUGCAUUGUGUACUCAGCUGAACCAAAUAUUUGUAAACCCUAUGAAAACAAUUCCAACUCCAAACAAAAUGGCAUUAUUUGAAUUCCAUUUGAAUUGCAACAGAAUAACCCAACUAGGCAAUGUAUACAAGAACGUCAAAAUAAAAUAAUUCAAUAUAUUAUUCAAUGAUGGUUUUUAACACUAACACACAUCUGCAUACCCGUACUUAUGAGGAUACUAACAUAGAUAUACAGAUACACACAUAUAUACAUAAUAUACACAUAAUGGUAUUGAACUUAUUGUAUUCCCAUAAUAAAAUAUAUGCAAAAGGUGUAUGGUAAAACAAAGGA